GACGCCCCUCCGUCUUCGGAACUUGUCGGCUCCGCUCGGCUCAUAUUUCCACACCAGGCAGCGCAGCAGAACAGGUGCCGGCCCUCCGUGACAUCAUCGUUUGUUGUUCUUUUAUAAAGCGCUCGGGCAGCCGCGGCUUUUAUCAUGAGCGCCGCCGCGGCAUACAGUCUCCCACCAACGCCCAGGAGACGCUACCACAGCCGGAGCGGGACAUUUUUGUGAGCGUACUAGUUGGCCGCGUGCGGCCCGUUUGGUCAGUUUUUUUCUUAAUUACAUUUUUAUUUUUUUCGCCGUUUCUCAGCGUUGAAUGCGACUCACUUGGAAGUAGCAGCUUCUCCCCGCCUCACCCCGAGCUUUACUGCCGCAGAGGUCUCAACACCGACGAGCCAACAUGUUUGAGGCGAGAGGAAUCCCCUUUGUGCUGCUCGACAUAGUCUGUCUCGUUCUCGUUGGACUCCCGUUUGCAAUACUCAAUUUGACGCACAAAAGGCCUUUUCUCCGGGGCUUUUACUGUAAUGACGAUACUAUCAAGUACCCGUUUAAAGAGGACACCAUUUCCUAUCAGUUAUUAGGAGCCGUUAUGAUUCCCGUCACAAUUCUCAUUAUGGUCAUUGGCGAGUGCCUUCUGGUUUACCUAAACCGCCUCAAAUCCAAGUCCUCCUUCGGCAGCUACGUCGCCCGCGUUUACAAAACCGUCGGCACCUUCGUCUUUGGCGCCGCCAUGAGUCAGUCUCUGACAGACAUCGCCAAAUACUCCAUCGGCCGGCUCAGGCCUCACUUCCUGGAUGUGUGCAAACCCGACUGGACACGCAUCAACUGCUCCCUGGGGGUUUACAUUGAAAACUUCACCUGCACCGGGGAGGACAAAGUGAUCAACGAGGGCAGGUUGUCCUUCUACUCGGGACACUCCUCCUUCUCCAUGUACUGCAUGCUGUUUCUGGCUCUUUACCUGCAGGCUCGGCUCCAGGUUCAGUGGGCGCGGCUCCUGAGACCAACCCUGCAGUUCUUCCUCAUUGCUGCCUCCGUGUACACGGGACUGUCGCGGGUGUCCGAUUACAAACACCACUGGAGCGACGUGCUGACCGGACUCCUGCAGGGGGCGCUGAUGGCUCUGCUGGUGGUCUUCUUCGUCUCAGACUUGUUCAAAAAGCCUCCAGAUUCACGUGAGGAGGCGGAGAUCCCUCACAGCACCCUGCAGGAAACGCCCACCAGCGGAAACCACUUUGAGAGUCCCAACUAAGCUGAAGGAGCAGCGAGACCUCUGCUGUGGAGUCCAAGCUCUCAAGCCUCUCAUCUCGCGCGAACCGUCACCCAAAACCCCGCAUAACUUCCUGUUCAACCGUCAGACUCCAACAUAAGCUGAAUUGAAGGAACUCCAGGAACCACAAAUGGCCUGCUAAGAUUUCAGAAGACGAUCUACCUGCUCCUCCAACACCGAAGCGACUGACACUCUGAUGCUAGAGGAGGAGAAUCCCUUUAGCGUGAUCUGUGAAGGGCAGAGUGGGCGGGGCUUUCCUGCAUGUGCAACUGAAGGGUCUGACCACUACUGGCUGAGAGGACGGUUAGAAACCUGUGAAUGUAACCCUGCUUCGUCCUUCCUGGAGUCGGUGCGCUGGAGGAUCUGAUCUGGGGUCAGCUUGGAAACGCUCCCGCCUUAAGGUCGAAGCGUUCUCGCUGGAGGCUCAAAGCUGAUCCCAGAUCAGAUGGCGGGACACGCACAUCUGGAAGCACCGACUCCAAGCCACCGCCGUUCUACCCCCCAGCUGUGUUACCUGCUGUUGCGGUCAGACAGCUGUGGAGCAGAACGUCGAUUAGACUCCCAUGAUGCCUUUUUGCUGGACUGCUGUGGCUGCUAUUAAAGCUCCCUGUGUAUCAAAUGCAGACAGACAUGCUUUUGUAUCUGUAUGCAAAUCACCAUACAGACAUUUAUUGAAAAAAAACAUGUUACAAAUGUUUAAACUAUGGAAAAAUAAAGCCAUAUUACUUGUUAUUGUGAA